CAUCCAUAGCUCUGGCCUAUAUUUGCAAUUGUCCAGAUUCUCCAAGCAACAUUCGCUUCCUUUCUUUCUUUAAUUUCUCAACUGCCAAAUUAUCUAGGCGCAUUCGUCCACCGCCGACAAGAGACUGCCAGCAGUUUUGACCUUCGACACGUCGUCCUCAUCUACUCUUCAUCGCGGCCCGCUUGACUUGAAACCCGUGCUCCUUGAAUAGUGAGAAUACAUCUUGGCCUGAGCUUAUUGGUCGCGCAUGGUUUUAGCCCGCCAGUCCGUUGAUGAUAUCAACUUGGGAACCCGCCCUCCAGAACCUCCAGAAAAACGGGCCCGGUCAUCUUCGCCUGUCAAGAAAAGACGGCCUACGCAAGACUGGACCUCCUUGACACGCUCUGCUGAUGGGUCUCUAGAUAGGCUUUUUUCGACGACGUCUCUCAGCCAUGACCAAUUGAUGCGCUUCUCAAACUCGGAUAUUUCGGAACGUUUACACAUCAGCAAAGCAGGGUAUGCCAUCCCGAUUCCUUUUCAAAUUCAGUUUCCUCCGCGCCUAAGAAAGUCCGCCUCGUCGCCGCUCCUUUCGAAGGACUCCAUGGGUCUGGGCGCACUGCCAAGGCUUGUAUUUACGGGUCUGUCAUAUGAACCUGUAACAUCGAAUAUGGCGGUCAGCUCUGCACUCGAACAAGGCUUCUCGAUUCCAAGGCCAUUAAGCUCUGAAAAGCCACCUUCCGUGAUUACAAGCAGAAAAAAAGUAUCUGCAUUUGUACAAAAGACCUCUUCCGAUCAACAAGACCAACUCAGUAUGAUCGAGGAAACAUACAACUCCGGCGAUUCGAGAUCCUCAAGCUACCAUUCAAAGAAACUCCCAUCAGUUCCUAGCCCGAUACUGCAAUCACAGGCUUUAAGCCCUGUUCCUACCCCUCAAACACACAAGGCGCAUACAUCGCAAGUGAGCUCAACCAAGUCUCCAACUACCACAAGCACAACAGUGGGGAUAAAAAAUAGCAAUAAUCUAACACGUGAAUAUUGGGCUCCUGGAGACCUCAAUACGGUAGUACAGCAGAACAAAUCCUCACAUUUGCCGGAGGAGCGAAAGCUCAAAUCGAAUAACGCCAUCGAUGCAUUCCAAGUUCAAAUGCCACAAAUGAAGCAGCUAGACACGGUUCAUAUGUCUGCAAACACAUCAAGUGGUACCCACAGAAUACUUCGCCCGAACAGACUGUCUGGUAUUGCCGUCUUUCAACAUAAUUUUUGCACAGAUACCUCUCCAAGGCUCAAAAUCGAUAGGCGGGAGUUUUCAGACGCUUCAAAAGUCUCUUCGGUUAGCUCUCUCAAUUCCGUUGCAGACAAUCUUAAUUUUAAUCACGUGUACAUGCUGAGUCCUAACUCCAAGGGAGAUGUGAGAGUGUCCAAACACCUCGUUGACUCAAUGCUCGAAAGCAAGCCCCGCAAUCGCAAUCCAAUGUCCCUUUCCCAAUUGACGCCGACUCCCGCUUCGCUGCCGCUACCUGUGAAUAAAAACAUGGAUGACUCCCUCGCCAAAGCAUCUGGGAAUUCGAGCCAGCAUAAGCUCAAAAUGUCUGGUUCCGAAUCACAAUACAAGCAUGCGAAACAAGUCUCAGCUUCAAAAGAAUGCAAUAAACAAAAAGAGGUGCAUUCGCAUGAUGAUGAGCUCCAUCCAGAAUCCGCAUCAAAAUUAUCAUAUGUUGUGAACCUGAAGAGUGAACCCGAAGAAACCCCUGGAAUCAGUGCUCCGGACGACAAUGUAGGGGCGGGCAUUGGAUUUCACUUUCCCAACAACGACUCGAAUGCUACAAACAGUAACGAAGUAAAGAGCAAAAUGCGAAUACAGAGACACCGUACGAGAGGGUCUGCUCGUAGCAGUAUUCUUUCUGGCGGAAAGAUCGAGAUACCUGACCUUGACGAUUUGAUAUGGAAAAAUGGCGCCAGCGGUAACCAAUUAUUGGCCGGUGAAGGUCAAACUGAACCUCUUCAAAUUCCAGGCCUGGGUGCCAAGGCGCACUUGAAAACUGUCUUAAGAGACAGGUCUUUUGACUCAGACAGUGAUUCAUCGUUCAAUUCUCAGUUUUCGAAGCUUCAAUCUCAAAGUGAAGCGGAAAAGAACCCCCUUCCUGUCAAGUCUCGGGGAACAAUAUCCUCUGCUUCAUCCCCGGUUCGUCAUUCGCGCCACAGAUCGAUGUACAAUAUCGAUUUUGAUUAUGAAAGCAUAACGAGUCCUCAAAAAAGUCACAAUCGUUCUAAAUCAAACGCGUAUGUUGACUCUUUGAGUGGUUCAUUUGCUGAAAUUCGCUUAGCAAAUUCACCUCGACAAUACCGACGUGCUAAUACUAAAAGACCCGACAGUCUCAUGGCCUCUUUCAGGAUUCCCGAAAAAGAAGAAUUGACAGGAAAUUUCGAGAACUUAGACAUCAAAGUGAACGAACCUCCAAAGAGAGUGUCGUAUGCAAUCGAUUUCAAAGCCAGGGAUGCCAACCCCCUUGAAAGUCCGACUUUUCCUUCUCUAGUGGUCUCUCAAGAUUAUUAUCUGAGUCUCAAAAAAAGGCAGUAUUCACCGUCUCACGCUUCCUCUGGGCAGUAUACACCUAAAUUGUCUGAGGGCACGUCGAGUUUCCAAUCAAGUAAGACAGGGAGGGGUACCGAAUCUACUGCACCAACCGAAAACGAUAAUGUAGUCAUAGAUUUGACCAAGGAAAAGUAUAACGUUUGCGUGGUCAACAGAAAUGACUCGGUGAUUUCCUACAGAUCAACGAUAGAAAAAACUAAGGACGGGAAGAAUGUUGAAGUAGUUCUCGUGGAUGAAGAUGAGGACCAAAAUGACAGGGGGGCGAGGGAAGAAAGGGACGAUUUACUGAGCAUUUACUCGACAUAUAUGACUAAUUGGGACGACCGGGGCAAAGUUCACCACCCACGACACUCAACGGAAGCUUUCUCUGCUGGCCUUUCUCGGGAACCGUCAACGCGGUCAGAUAAUUCCGAAGUUAGUGAUGUUCUGACACAAAGCUGGACAGCAUCCUCUGAGUCUAAUUUUCAUGUUAAAUCCAUAGCGUCCAUUCGAAGGGAGCAGGCAUACCAGACGAACCCGGUUUAUAAAACAAAACCACAUGGUGAUGCACUUCUAAGAAAGGGAACUACCAGCAGAAAGCCUUUGAAUGCUCGCCAGGAUGCCAGCUAUUUCGAUUAUUCGUCGAAAGAUGCUUAUUACAUGAGACAGCAAUCUCAACGUUAGUCGUCUUUUUAAUCUUUUUUUUUUUUUCAAAUAUGAGAAAUUUAAUUUAGGCCAACUUCGUUA